UUACAAUUCUUGAUCACGUGUACAUCGAUCUAGGAUAAUAGUUUUCGUAUUACACGUAUUACUAUUCAUCAAACAUGGCUUCCAAAUUAGCUUUUCAUUCACUCACGUACACCUUUCUCACGAUGAUUAUGAUCCUCAACAUGAAUAUCAUAUCAUCAACUUCUUCAUCACCUUUUGAUUUUCUCAAACAUCUCCAAGGAUGUAAGAAAGGCGACAAUGUUCAAGGCAUUCGUGAUCUCAAAAACUACCUCCAACACUUUGGUUACUUGACCCGAAUCCAAACCCAAAAACAUUCAACAACUCUUGAUGAUGAGGAUAAUCAUGUUGGCGGUGAUGAUGAUUUUGACGAUGGCUUGGAAUCCGCCAUUAAAACUUACCAAAUCAAUUACAACCUCAAACCCACCGGAGUUUUAGACCCCAAAACCUUAUUCAAAAUGAUGAAGCCUCGUUGUGGAGUGCCAGAUAUAAUGGAUAAAAACACAACAAGAAUGCGGUCAGGCAAGAAAAGAGCUGAUCAACCCCACCACCACCAUCACCACACAGUCUCUCACUACUCAUUCUUCGAAGGAGAGCCAAAGUGGCCAGCCUCCAAGUUCAACCUUACGUACGGGUUCCACGCCGGGACUCCAUCGGAAGCGGUGGCCGCAGUUGGCCGAGCUUUCAACACUUGGGCCUCCAACACUCAGUUUAGAUUCUCCAUGGCGCAAGAGAACGAAAAUCCGGAUAUAACAGUGAGUUUCGAGAGAGGGAACCAUGGAGAUGGGGAUCCCUUUGACGGGGCUGGUGGAACUCUGGCCCAUGCGUUCUCGCCGCCCGACGGGAGACUGCAUUUCGACGCGGAGGAGAGCUGGGCAGUAGGGGCGGUUGCGGAUUCUUUUGACGUCGAGACGGUUGCUUUGCACGAAAUCGGACACAUUCUUGGGCUUCAGCAUAGCUCGGUGGAAGGGGCUAUUAUGUAUCCUGAGAUUGGUGCCGGAGCCACCAAAGGUUUGCAUGGCGAUGAUAUUCAAGGCAUUAAUGCUUUAUACAACGUUGUUUGAACGUAAUUUAAAAGAUAUGACCAUCAUCGACCUAGGCCUAGCUAUAUUAAAAUUUAUUUUUUCAUUUUUACCAUGUUUAUGUACUUAUUACAUGAUAUCGGAAAUUAUAAGGGUAUAUGUUCGGUGCCCUAGUUAUGUAAGAAUUUUGUAUUGUAUUAAUGAAAUACAAUACAAUGCUAUA